AUGGACCAACUCAAGAGAGAUUACUCCUGGAUUGAAGCACCGCUGGUUGCUUGCGGGCCAAUGCGCCUGAUCGCCCUUGCUCCUCUCGCAACGGAAGUCAGCAAAGCAGGAGGCCUCGGAUUCGUGGGAGCAGGAAGUGAUGCCUCAAAACUGGACUCAAUACUUGGAGAAGUGAGGAAGCUCUCAGCAGAAGACAAACGCCUUUCACAAGUUCAAGACGUCCUCCCCGUCGGCGUCGGCUUCCUUCUCUGGGCCGGUGACAAGCUGCUGAGAGACGCCCUGCCUUCAAUUGAAAAGUAUUGCCCAGCAGCAAUAUGGCUCUUUGCCCCCAACCACACCGAUGACCUCAGCAAAUGGACCACAGAAGUCCGCCGCGUCACCUCCAACAAAACCAAACUCUGGAUCCAAGUCGGCACCGUCGCCAACGCCCUCGAAGUCACCCGAUCCUGCCACCCAGACGUCCUCAUCGUCCAAGGCCAAGACGCAGGCGGCCAUGGCCUGCACAAAGCCGCCGGCAUCAUUCCCCUGUUCCCUGAAGUCGACGACGCCAUCACCGACCUCUGCCAGACCUCCUCAAUCCCGAAACCAGUCCUAGUAGCCGCAGGCGGUAUACUCGACCCCCGCACCGCCGCCGCGGCCCUCACGCUCGGCGCUUCCGGUCUGGUAAUGGGGACACGCUACCUCGCGACCCCUGAAGCGCAAAUCGCCGCCGGCUACCGCGACGCUGUCCUCGCGGCUGCAGACGGGGGUCAGCAUACCGAGCGUACGAAACUGUACGACCAGCUGCGCGGGACGACGGACUGGCCGGCUGCGUACGGGGGGCGAGGGGUGUUGAAUGAGAGUUUCCAUGAUGCGCAGAAAGGUGUGGAGUUUUGGGAGUUGAAGCGGUUGCAUGAUGAGGCUUUGGGGACCGGGGAUGCUGGGUGGGGGCAUGGGGGUGGGGUGGCGAGAUUGACGACGUAUGCGGGGACUGGGGUGGGGUUGGUGGGGAAGGUGAUGGGGGCUGGGGAGGUGACGGUGGAGGUAAGGGAAGGGGCGAGGAGGGUGGUGAGGGAGGCCGGGGCGCGGCUGUCUCGCCUUCCCGCCAUGCUCUGCCAUUCGGGUCUCUUCUCGUUCCUUGCCUCAGCUCUCGUAUCCCAAAGCCGUACCUUGCAGUCGAGGAGAUCUGCUGGUAGCUCAGAUUGGACGCCACCGCCCACCCGCAUUCUCAAAGUCAACACUCGGUCGAAAUUGCAUAUUGCUCCAGCUGGCAUCGCCUCUGAACCCAACCCUUCGAGAGAACCAGGAGCAGGUGGUAUCGCACUGUCCGAGUCCCUCCGAUGA